AUGAGCAAGUAUUAAAAUGUAUUUAAGCCAUUGUUUAUUGAAACCUUUGAGUACAAUUAUAUUGAUGGUAAGACAGAAAAGUCAUUUACAAUUAAAAAAAAACUUGAAUCUAAAAAUGGAAAAGGAAAGAUGUAAUAAAGUGAACCUCUUGCUUAAUUUAAUGUAUUUAUGAUUUUUAAUUAAAAUAAAGAAUGAAACAAUCAAAUAAAGUAAUCAUAGAGCUUAAACCAGUAGAUGGUUAAGAUAAUCUUCUUUUGCAAAAAAUUCAACUAUUAAUUCCAACACUCCUUAAAAUAAUGUUAUUAGAAAAAUAGAAAGCAGAAUGGAAGAUGAAGUAUUAAUAUCAAACAGUAGAAAUACUUCUGAAAAAAAAAAUAUUAAUAUGCCAAAAUUAAAUUAUGUUGACUUUAAUGUACAUAUUUUAUAAAACAAUAGUAAAAUAGAUUUCUGUAAUGAAUGGAGAAGGGAGUAAUUCAUUUUAUAAAGCUUUAAAGUUAAUAAAUAAAGAUAACUUAUUAAUGAGAAAGAAAAAGAAGUCUGUUUAUAACUCUAAAACAGUUUCAACUUAAGAAAAUGAAAUAACUUAAUUUGAAUAAUUAGAGAAUCAACACCCUAAAGAUAUGAUGGAAAAAAUAGGAAAAAUGUUAGCUAUUAAUUAGAGAUAUUCUCCUAUUAGAAAAUAAAGUAGAGUUAGAGAAGCUUUUACUAGAAAUUUAAAAUUUUUAGAUCAAUCAUUUUAAGAAUCUACAUCACCAGAUUAAAAAUUAAAAUCCGUCAUUUAAAUUUAUUUUGAUAAAAAAAAAGCUUAUCAAGAAGAAUAAAAUAAAUAAUAAGAAAUAACUUUUACAAAACUUUCAUAAUAAACUAAAUCAUGUAAUAAUAAUAAUAAGAUGAGAUUAUCAACUACAUUCUUAAAAUAAUUUAUUCAUUAAGUAGAAGAUGAAUAAAAAUAAUCAAAAUAAGUUAAAUCCUUAAAUAGUUUUUAAUAAUCAAUAAAAUAUUCUUAAACAAGAGAUAAAACAAAAAAAAAAUAAAAUGCUAUUUUCAGCAUUCAAGUCAGAUCUUUAUUUAAGAAAAUGUUCAAUUAAAUUGUAAACUGUGUUAGAAAAAUGAAAUUAAUGAAAUUAACCAUAACAGAAUUAUUUUAAAAUGGAGUAAUUUAAAAAAAGGCAUAUGAAAGAGAAGGAUCAUUCUAAUUUUUUGAAGGUAUAGAAGAUAAUAAUCAAUAAUUAAUCAAUUUUAUGCUUUUAAAAUGUAGAUACUAUGCAUUUGAUAUAAAUGAAGAAGGAAAGACUCCUUUACAUUUAAGUUCAAAAAAAGGAUUUUCAUUAAUAACUGAAAGAUUACUCUAAUAUGGUUCUUAUGUUGAUUCUUUAGAUUAAGAUGGCAAAACUCCUUUAUAUUAUGCUAUUUAAUCUGAGUAAAAGCAUAUUGUUUUUCUUUUAUUAUAUUAUAAAGCCAACCCAUGGUCUAUCAAUAAUUGUAAAUAUCAAUGCAAAAAUUAAGAUAUCAUGCAUCUAAUAAAAUUAUCAAGAAAAGUAAAUUUUAUAUUAAUUUUUUUAGAUACAUUUAAUAUUAAUGUUAACAAGACAUUGUGAUAGAGAAAAAAAAUGGUAAGAAUCCAGGAAAAAUUUACUGUUAUGA